AUGUAUAUAUUAGAUAAUAUAUCCUAUUCAAAUUUUAAAACAUUAAUAUUAAAUAAUAUUAUAAUAUUAUUAAAUAAAAUAAUUUAUAAUUCUAAAAAUUUUAAAUUUUUUAAAAAAUUAUUUAAUAUAACUUAUUAUCCAUCAUUAGUACAAUUUUCAUCUUCAAAAUUAAAUAAUAUUUCAAAUAAUAUAUAUAAACCAAUAAAUAAUUUAUUAUCUAUAUAUAUACCUAUUAAAUUAAAUUUUAUUACAUUAAAUAAACAAAUUAAAUUUUUAUUUAAUAUAUUAAAUAUACCAAAAAUAUCUUCAACAAGUUAUUUAACUAUAAAAGGUAUUAAUAGAAUAUCUUUACCUUCUUUUAAUAGUUUAUUUAAAUAUUAUACAAAUAAAAAAAAUUUAAUAACAUUUUUUUAUAAUAAAACAUAUUCAAUAAAAAUAAAUUCAACAAAAUUUAUAACUAUAAAUUUAGAUUUAAUAAAAGGUAUAAAUUAUAAUUUUAAUUUUUUAUAUUUAUAUAACUUUAAAUUUAAUAAAAAAAAUAAAAAAAAAAUAAAUAAAAAUUAUAAUAAUAUAUUUAAUUUAGAAUUAUUUAAAAUAUUUACAAAUACAAUAACAUAUUUAACUUAUAAUUAUAAUACUAUAAAUUAUGAUUCUUUAUGUUAUAAAUUUAUUUUAAAUUAUAGUGAUUAUAUAUUAAAAUCUAUUUCAUAUUAUAAACAUAUAUUAUUAUUAAAAAAUAAUAAAAUAUUAAAAUAUAAUAAACACUCUUCAAUAAGUGAAAUUAUUUUAAAAGAAAAUAUUUUAACACAUCCAUUAUUUCAAAUAAUAGAUCAAACAAAUUGUUUAUGUGAGUUAAUAUAUCAAUAUAAGAUUCAUAUGUCACAUGAAACAAUUUAUAAUAAAUUUUCUAUAAUUAGAAAUAUAAGACUAAUAAAAGGAGAUUAUAUAACUAAAUUAAGUCCAUUAUCUACAAAUGAAGGUGAGUCUGCUGGUAUUAUAUCAUCAUUAAUAUAUUUAAAUUCUUUACAUAAUAAAAAAUUAAGAACUAUAUUAAAUAAAUCUAAUAAAUUAUUUAAUACUGUUAAAUUUGAUUCUACUUCAUUAACUUUUAAUAAAAAUUAUUUAAUACAUAAUUAUAAUAAUUUAAAAAAAUAUUAUAAUAUUAAUAUAAAUAAUUUUAAUGAAUUUGGUGAAUUUAAAAUAUCUAAUAAUAUAAAUAAUAAUAAAUUAUAUUCAACUUUAAAUGAAAUAUUAUCGAUAUCUGAAUCAAUAAUACCUUUUAUACUUAAUAAUGAUCCUUGUAGGGGUCUUAUGGGUUCAAAAAUGCAUUGUCAAGCGUUACCACUUAUAUAUCCGGACAUACCUAAUAUAUUUACAAAAAAUAAUAAAAUAAAUAAAAUUACUAAAACAAAUUGUAUAAUUUCCUAUUCAUCUGGUAUUGUAAUAAAUGUAAAUAAAUAUAAAAUAAUUAUUCAAGAUAUACAUAAUAGAAUAAUUACAUAUUAUAUAAAUCCAAUAAAAAUAAAUAAUUAUAAUCAUUCUUAUUUAAAUCAUAUAUUAGUGUGGCCAGGUGAUAAAGUAACUUAUGGUAAAAUAUUAGUUACUAAUAAAAAUUAUAUUAAUUUAGAAUUAUCUUUAGGAAAAAAUAUAUUAAUUGGUUAUUGUAAUUAUUUUGGUAAUGAUCAUGAAGAUGCUAUAAUAUUAAAAAAAAAUUUACUUUAUAAUGACUGUAUGUUAUCAAUAAAAUUUGAUAUUUAUGAAACAUUUAUAUUAAAUUAUAAUAAUUAUUCUGAAUUUAUAAACACAAAACUAAAUAAUUAUAAUAAGUUGUUACUAGAAAAUAAUAUUAUAAUACCAAAAAUAAAAUUAAUAUUUAAUAAUUAUAAUAAUAAUAUUAAACUUUUACCAAAUAUAAUAUUUAAUAAUCAUAUACCUAUUAUAUAUAAAUUUAUAAAAAUAACUAAAGGAAAUUCAAGUAGAAUUAUUAAAAUAGAAUCUAUAAUUAAAGAUACUUUUAAUAUUAAUAAUAAUAAAAAUUAUAAUAUUAAAAUAAAUAUAAUAACAAUUAAUUUUAAUAAAUUAAAUGUUGGUGAUAAAUUAUGUGGUAGGCACGGUAAUAAAGGAGUUAUAUCUUGUAUUUUAGAUGAUAUAAAUAUUCCUUAUACAAGUUUUGAUUUAAUUCCAGAUAUAUUAAUAAAUCCUAUAAGUUCAAUAUCUAGAAUGAAUAUAGGGCAAAUAUUGGAAGGUUCUUGCGGUUUUUAUACUUUUUUAAAUAAGUCUAGAUUAAAUGUUCCCUAUUUUAUAAAUACAUCUAAAUUUAUAAAUAAUUUUAUAAGUUCAUUUAAUUCUUUAUAUAAAUAUAAAUUAUUACUAUUUAUAAAUUCACAUAAAAUUUCAAAAAUAUUUGUUAAAAAUCCUUUAUUAGGUUCUAGUUAUUAUAAUAAUAUAGUUAUAUAUUAUUCUUAUUUUUUAAGAUUAAGUCAUAUAAUUAAAAAUAAAAUUCAAUUAAGAUCAAUAGGUAAAUAUAAUGAAAUUACUCAACAACCUGAUAAUAAUAAAACUAUAAAUAAAGGUCAACGUUUUGGUGAAAUGGAAUUUUGGGCAUUAGAAGCUCAUGGUUCUUCUUUUAAUUUAAAAGAGUUGUUGUAUAUAAAAUCUAAUAAAUCUAAAUAUAAUAAUAAAUUAAUGAUAUCUGAUUCUUUUAAUUCAUUAUGUUUAGAAUUAAAUAGUUUAAACUUAAAUAUAAUAAAAAAUAAUAAUGACAUCAUAUUUUAA